AUGUCAGCAGUUUCCAUGAGCAGUUCGAAGGUACUUGAGGAAAAUGUCGGUACGUUUACUUAUGAGCAAGAUUUGCCGAAGCUGCCAUUGCCGGAGGUGAAAAGGACGUUGGAAGAGUUUGAGCGCAGUUUACAACCGCUCUACUGCUCGGAUGGGUUUUGUAACCGGACUGAGGCGGAGCAAUUACGGGAGUUUGCGGAGGGCGUAGAUGAGUUCUCGAGAAGUGAGGUUGCAGAGAAGUUACAGAGUAAACUGCGAGAAUUCGACGCGGAGAACGACUGCUACUUGGACAAUAUACAUCUGGAUAUCAACAAUAAUACGUUUAGGGAUGAGCAGGAUGAUCUUCUUCCCAGGAAUCCGUUUCUGGUGCUGGCAGACGAUGCACAGCCCGGGAUAUCGCAGGCAGAUAGGUCGGCUGUGCUAGUAUAUUCGGCAUUGAGGUUCGUUUCAGCGCUUAGACACGGAGUUCUACCGCCAGAUGUUAACGCGAGAAGCGGGCGUCCGCUGUCGAUGCGGGCGUACAAGAAUCUCUUUGGUACCACCCGUUGUCCGGUGUUCACAGCCGGUGAAGUGGAAAAUUUUGAUCUUGAGAAGCCUUAUUCCGAAUCAGAUUUGGAUGAAAUAUGGCAAACUACGGAUGACGAAGAUGACGCCGAGUUGAGCUCACUGCCUCCAAGCAUCGAUCAGAGCAUUCCAGGCUCUCCCCCGCCAGGUGUUCAUAGAGAUGUGUUCACUCGUCACGGAAUUACUCUGAAAAACUAUCCAGAGUCAAAGCACAUCUUGGUGAUCUCGAAGGGUCAGUAUUACACUCUAGAUGUCUUGGAUGGCGACGAUGAUCUAAUUUACAACGUGAGUUCGUUAGCCUCUGUGUUCGAUUUCAUAUUGGAGGAUUCUCAUGAACCAUAUACUUUCAAGAAGUCCACUGCUUUGGGUAGCUUGACCUCGUAUUCCUUCAGAAAUUGGAAAUACGCAAGGAAAAGAUUGCAGAAGAAAUAUCCCGAUGAGCUGCGGAUGAUCGAUUCUGCCCUCUUUGUUUUGGUACUCGAUCAAUCUUUCCCCAGUGAUUCGGGAAACGAGACGAUUUCGCCUACGACAUCUGAGGACUGUAAACGGUUGUUUUACGGUACAUCGGUUAUCGAUGAGAGGGGUCAUCAAGUUGGCUCUUGUAUCUCGAGAUGGUAUGAUAAAUUGCAGUUGAUUGUGACGGCGGACUCGAAAGCGGCCGUUAUUUGGGAUUCUUUCACCUGUGAUGGCUCUAUAGUUCUGCGUUUCACUUCCGAAACCUAUACUGAGUCCGUUCUGAGAUUAGCAAGAGACGUCAAUGCAGGUGAUCCUAGAUUUUCGUUGUGGCCUUCGGUAAAAGAGUCAAACAUGCUUGCAUCCGCAAAUUCCUCCAAGACAGAAACUGAUCUAAAAAGUUCCGUCAAAAAAAUUGUUUGGGAUUUCAGUCAUAUUUUGAAUACCCAUGUUCAUCUUUCUGAGACAAAGUUGGCUGAUUUGAUCUCAAAACAUGAUAUAUUUCAUGUCUCGAUACCUUUUGGUCGUAGGUCCGCCCAGCGACUUGGUAUCAAUCCAGAUUCAAUGGUUCAAGUUGCUUUGCAAGUUGCUCACUACGCGUUGUACGGUAGGAUGGUAUACGGACUCGAACCAAUCUCCACACGAGGCUACAAGAACUCAAGAUCCUGCUUUAUCAACAUUCAAAGCAUGGAAUUACUGGAACUCUGUCAAGAAUUUAUUUCCAAUUCCGUCGAUGAAUCAGGCAAGCUACGAAAGUUUCGUGAGGCUUGCGAAAUCCAUAGCGAUAAGAUCAAGAAAGCAAAACUUGGCGAUAGUCACGAAAAACACUACAAUGCCUUGCGAUACCUCUACAAGUUCCAUGAAUACUUCGGCAUUAAUCUCGACUCUAAUGACAAAAGAAUGGCUGAGCAGGUAUUCGAUAAUUCUUUAGUCACUUCUUUUUCUGCUCCCGAGCUCAUUGUUGCGAAUUGUGGUAAUGCUGCAACCACAACUUUUGGCAUAACACCUGCUGUCUCGCAAGGUUUCGGUAUCGGUUACAUCAUCAAAGAUGACCAAUGUGAUCUAACCGUAACAUCGCAAUUUAGACAAGGCGGCAGGUUGAUGUACAUGCUGAAUUGGGUUCUGUCAGAAAUACGAGCUUUCUGGAAAAACACUAACGAAUCUUCAUAUAAUAAAGCAGGUGUCAAGAUCAGUCCUGUGAUUGACAAACUGUACGAGAUGGACAACGCUCUCAACAAUUUGAAGUCGUCUAGGAAGAACGGGUCAAGCAAAGUUAUCAGAGGUUACGGAUUUUUUGAUAUGCAUGGACAUAUGGAUAGCAGAAGUUCUUCCAGGAUUAAUUCUCAGAGCAACUCCUCUGUCCACUUGUCCGACAUGACGAGUAACGUGAGCCUCAACAACGGUUCGCUGCACAUUCCCAAGCACUCUAGCGCUGCGUUGUCUGUCCCAACUGACAAGGAGAAACAAGAUACGGGUUACGAGAUCCAGCAAAUUCAACCCAUUGAUAAAAAUGAGUCUGAUGAGGAUAUGUUAUUCACAGAAUCCAGGACUGCGACCAGAAGGCGCAAUAACGUCAUCAACUCAAAGUUCGAGAUUGAUUUUGAUCGUAGUGGAGUGGGAAGGAAAGUGGAAGCCACUUUCGAUUGA